AUGAUAAUAGUAAUUGAAAUCUUUAUUGAAAAUUCUCAAGCAACGAUCAGUCAUACCGAAGAACAAUCUCUAGUUAACAAUGUUCCUAUAACAGACAAUGAUAACAUAGUAUCUAAAUUAUCCGAGAAGGGUGGAGAAUUUAUCAAUACUACAUCAUCUUCCGCUGAAAAAACUAAAAAUGGACAAACAGUAUCGGAAGAAAUAAAAGAUAUUUCUGAUAAAUCUACAACAAGAUUUGAAAGUGAACCUCAUGGUAUGAUUAUAGACUCUUUUUCUACACAAUCUACGACGCAAACAUCUCCUGAAAAACCUGCAGAGGAAUUUAGUAAAAGUUUAUUGUUAAGAGGAGCCCCGCAAGAAAUAACUAUACCCAUAGUACCAUGCGACUUGGUUCAGUCUUGUUCAAUCGGAGAACAGAAAGUUGAAUCUUGUAACAAAGAUAACGUCAGUUUUCUUAUUCCGACAGAGGAACUUGCAAGUACUGUAACAAACCUUGAAAUUACUAUAGAUGCGCAACAAAUAAAACAACCAGAUAUUCGAGAUGAAAAGCAUGCAAAUGAAUUAUCAACUGCUUCUGAAGUUCUUACAGUCAGCCCUGUACCGAUACAAGUUGCAGAAUCUGUUCUUCAAAUGGAACCUAAAGAAUCUGUGUCGGAUUCGGAAACGGUGACCGAAGAAGUUCUUUCCUCUACGAUAACACCUGUCCAUGAGUCUAAUGUACUCUGCUUGAAAACAGAUUUAGAAAAUAAAGUACAAGUUAAUGGUUCGGCGUCGGCAAUUGAUUCUGUACCGAACAAGGAGAAAUUAAGUUCUGAUAUUAUCGAUACUGUUAAUAAAUUGAGCGAAUCGUUUACAAAAUCAGCAGAAAUUUCACAAAUUCUACCUCUCGUAGGACAAGUUCAACUUGAAGAAACAGCCACAUUACCUUUAAGUAUGGCCGAAAGCACGGAAACAUAUACCGAUACACAUUUACAAGUAACAGAAUCGAUACAGGAAAUGAAAGAAUCUGAGAGUUGUAGAAAAGAAAUAACAGAACCGGUACAAGUCAAAGAAACUGAAAGUUGCACGAAAGAGACAAUGGAGCCGGUACAACAAGUUAAAGAAUCCGUUGACAGCACAAAGAAAACAACAGAAGCAAUGGACCAGAUUAAAAAAAGUGAAAGUUGCAGAAAAGGGACAGGUAAAUCUUCUGCAGAGUGUCAAGUAGCUAAAACAUCACAGUCGAGAGAAAAUCCGGUUAGGCCGUCGAGAGCAAAAGAAUUGACUGUAUCUUCUAAAAGUGUUCCAGAAACUCCACAGGAUUUAAAAAGUCAAGAGAAAGCAACAAAGAAAGUUGUAAAGAAGACACCGGAGAAAUCAGCAUCGGAAACAGACCCUGUAGAAACAGCUGAGGGCGAUGGUACAGGGAAGAAAGUUGGAAAAAAGGUGGUGAAAAAGGUCGCAAAAAAGUCAAAAUCGAAACCGGAAGAGGCACUGGAUGAUGAUGCAGAAGAAUGUAGUUCUCAUAGUAAACAAAAGAAGACUGUCAAACUUGUUAAAAAAGGUACAAAAACUUUGCAAACUCCUGAUAUUGAUACAACCGUUUCUGAAACCCCAUCGUCUAGUACCUCCGAUACUCCAGUUCCGCCAAAAAGAAAAGUAAAAGCUACAGCUACAAAAUCAGUCGUUAAGAAGUCAGACGUAGAAUAGUAAUUGCCAUAACAGGAACUGACAAUAAUGAUAAAAAUACUCUAAGAAAAAGUUUUAAAAUUAGGAGCCAUAAAAACAAUGAAGUAAUGAAAGGUGAUACUUACUAGUCUCUCCUAAUUUUUUAUACUUUUAAUAUGCCUAAAAUCGUAUCACCCGUAGUUUUGAUGUUUGAACGCAUUGGAAUUUAUUAAGCCGCAUUAUAUUCCAAUGUCAUGUUUUGCUUUCUAAUUUAUAUAUAUUUUACUAUGUGCCCUUUCUAAUUAAGUGUCAAUGCUAAAUAAAGCUUUUAUAUUUUAUUCCUACUUAUCUAUUUACAUAUAUUCUUUGGAGUAAAACUAAUACCAUAGUAGGUAUAGUGCUCUGUAAUUACAAUUGUAUCGAUAUAUUAUUUCAAUAUGUGUCUCGACUAAUUUUUCACUCAUUUGUUAGCAUCAAUUUAUUUAAAAGCGUAUAUGCAAAUAGCUGUGAUUGAUCAUCUUUAUGAUAUAAUAUACAAUGUUGAGAAAAGCACAUGAAACAUUAUUUGUUGUGGUAAUUCACUGUAAAAAUUAUAAAUUUUUUAUGUAUCAAUUUGUAUCUUUAUAUAUUUAUACAUAUAUAUAUAUAGUAUGCAAUUAUACCAUCACACGAAUUUCUUGUUUAAAAGAUGCCAGGGGUAUUAAAUUUAUUCAAAUACACUUGCUAACAUUACAACGUACAUUAUUUUA